CUUGCCCUUUAGUGCAUUCCUAGCCUUAAGCUUAGAUUGCAACAGGCCCUUACAUGACCACGGGGAGGGAGGGGGAGAAUGCCAACUCUCUCUCCCUUCCCACACUGCAUGGCCCUCACUAGGGCCUCUCAUAAAGUACAGCCCCUGGAUUUAGGGGAACAUGGAGUUCAUUCUUCAGUGCAUCCAUGGGGGCUUGUGGAACAGGAAGAAAAGGCAUGGCCAUAGCCCAUUCCCCUCCUUUCUCUCCAAAAAGGACUGAUCAGACUGCGGGGAACAGGCUGCACCAUUCUAAUGAGUGGCAUAGAGUUCUGGGCUCGCCGUACAUCACUCCCAACACAGUCAUGUACUGAUGUUUAUAACUGGCUAUGCUGUAACAGCUGGAGCUGCAGAAAGACUUGUAUUUGGGUAUGACAGCUAUGGAAAUGUAUGUGGUAGGAAGAACACUUAUAUUCAGGGUGCACCUCUUUCUGGACAGGAUAUGACAAAUAAAAAACAUGUGUUCUUUUUGAAUUCGUGCAGUCUGGAAAUUAAAAACCUUAAAAUCAAUUCAGUCGCCUUGUGUGUAUCUAGCUGUCCUCAAGAGCAACUUAACUCUCUGGAAGACAUCCAGCUUUUUGCAAAGAACAAUGGUUCUUCCCUUUGUAUUUAUAACGUGAACAUUUCCAGUUACACGCUAAAUCCAAAGGCAUCUGAGCUGUGUCCUACACUGCCAGUUUCACCAAGCAAAUCCUUUCCAUUGUUUAAUCGAUGUGUUCCACAAAACCCUGAGUGCUAUUCGCAGUUUGUAUCCAUCUUGAUAAAUGUGGUUAAUGAAGUUGAUGUUUUUCAUCGUAUUCUGAGUGGAAUAAUGGCAGGAAGAGAUACUGUCAUAGGACUGAGUGUCCUUGCACUAGCCUUCUCUUUAAUAAUGGUUUUAACCUUCAGAUUCAUCACCACACUUCUGGUCCAUAUUUUCAUUACACUAGUUGUGUUUGGAUUGUUAUUUGUCUCAGGUGUUUUGUGGUGGCUCUACUAUGACUACACUAAUGACCCAAGCAUAGAACUGGAAACUGAAAAGGAAAAUGUAAAAUUUUUACUUGGAUUUGCUAUCAUAUCUACCAUCAUCACGAUGGUUCUACUUUCCCUCAUAUUUGUACUAAGGAAGAGGAUUCAGCUGACUAUACAGCUCUUUUGGGUUGCUAAUAAAAUAAUUAGCAGGGUCCCUUCCCUACUGUUCCAGCCACUGUGGACUUUUUUGAUUCUCAUUUUCUUCUGGGUGUUCUGGGUUGCUGUGCUACUUAGCUUAGGAACUGCAGGGAGUGCACAAGUCAUUUCAGGAGGACAAGUACAAUAUAAAAUUCUGUCUGGCAUUCGCUACAUGUGGUGGUACCAUUUAGUCGGCCUUAUCUGGACUAGUGAAUUCAUCUUGGCUUGUCAACAAAUGACUAUUGCUGGAGCAGUGGUUACUUGCUAUUUCAACCGAAAUAAGAGUAGCUUGCCACGACACCUGAUCCUGUCUUCAAUAUCAGUUCUUUUUUGCUAUCAUCAAGGAACAGUUGUAAAGGGGUCGUUUUUAAUCACAAUAGUGAGAAUUCCAAGAAUUAUUCUUAUAUACCUUUAUGAUGCUCUAAAAGAAAAGGAGAGUGCAUGUGCAAGAUGCAUGUUCAAAUGCUGUUUCUGCUGCUUUUGGUGUCUAGAAAGAUGCCUAAGAUACUUUAACCAGCAUGUAUACACCACAACGGCCAUAAAUGGGACAAAUUUUUGUACCUCGGCAAAGGAUGCUCUCUUUAUUUUAGCAAAGAAUUCUGCUAAUAUAGCAUUCAUUAAUUGCUUUGGAGACUUCAUUAUUUUUCUAGGAAAGGUGUUUGUUGUAUGUUUCACAGUUUUUGGAGGGCUAAUGGCAUUUAACUACCAUCAUGAGUUCCAUGUGUGGGUAGUUCCUCUGUUGCUAGUUGCACUUUUUGCCUGCUUGGUAGCCCACAGCUUUUUGUCGGUUUUCGAAGUGGUCAUGGAUGCCCUGUUCUUUUGUUUUGCAAUUGAUAUGGAAACAAAUGAUGGAUCUCCAGAGAAGCCAUACUUCAUGGAUCAAGAAUUACUGAGUUUUGUGAAUCACAGCACCAAGCUAACAGAGUGGGAGAAAAACAGAAAGCAAAAGACCCCCCAAAACAAUGAAGAUGGUACAGAACUACAGCCUAUGGUGAGACGGGAGCAAAGACGAUGUGAUGAGGACAUCAAAUAACAUGUUGUCUCCCAGGUGUACUACAGGAAUGGGGAUAGACUGUAAAUAUUUAUUUUUCUACUUUAUGAUUUCUUGCAGCAGCCAAAUUGUUGAGCCCCAGGGCUUUCAUCCUUUCACACUAAUCAUUGUUACUAACACUGGAAGCUCAGGGCCAGAUUGUGGCCAUGAAUGGCCAGCAAUGAACUCUGCUGGUAUAAAGCAGGCACAGCUGGCUUUUGUGCCAACCACCCUUCCCAUCCCCAGCAUAGAGAGGGAUGAAGAGGCACAGAGAGAGCAUAUGGCGGGAUUCCUCGCAGCCACAUUGAUCCUCCAUUGGCGUAAAGAUUCAAAAGGCCUUAAGUGUAAAUUUCUGUAGUGCUAGGUUGUUCUAAUUCACACUGGGACUGGUAUAGAUAUCCUGCUUCCAUGCACAGAGCAGUACUCAGAUGUGGUGGAGACUCUGGCACAUGUUUUAAGCUGAUAUUUUUGUUUGAUUGUGCUUUACACUAUUUUAAAAUUAUGAAGUGAAAGAAGGGAGAUGCCCCCUCAAGAUGCAGUUUCAGACUUAAAGACUAAGGGUGUGUCUUCAAGCACAAUUAACUCAAGUUAUAAUUUGUGUUACCCCUAGACUCUCAUCCAUACUCAAAUCUCUAAUUUGAGUUAGGCCAUGUCUACACUACAUAGUUUUGUCAACAUAAGGCAGCUUAUGUUGACCUAACUAGAGGUGUACACACUGCAAUGCUCCUCCCGCUGCUUUAACUGUCACAUAGCAACUGCCCAGCAUGCUGGCUCCAUGGAGUACCCUGCCUUGAGUACCCGGAAGGUGGUGGAUCUCCUGGAUCUGUGGGGAGAGGAGGCUGUGCAGGUGCAGCUCUGCUCCAGCCUCAGAAACUUGCUCGGGGCAUGAAGGAGAAGGGCUACGACAUACAGCAGUUCAAAGAGCUGCAGAAGGCAAGGGAGGCAAAUAGUCACCUCUGGUGCGGAGCCACAGACAUGCCGCUUUUACAAGGAUGAGGCUGGGUUCAGUGUUGGUGAAUAGCUCCCCCACUUGAGCUCCUCUUAUAGCCUUGUGUUUAUAAUGCCAGCACAAGACUGAAGAGCAGUACAGGAUCCAUGCGUUCUGCCACACAUGGCUGGCUCACAGGUGACCAGGGCGGCUGAAAAGCAGCUGGAAACCUAGUAGGAUGCCCAUGGAAUGAUGGGAUUGAGAAACCUGCAUCAUGUGACAUUGAACCUGCCCCCAUAAGGCAUU